UUUGCAUUUCCUGAAACCGGAUCUUGGUGUCAGAGCCGCCCCUGGGCCGGGGCGGGCGCCUCAGCCAUGGCCCUGCGCAAGGAGCUGCUCAAGUCCAUCUGGUACGCCUUCACCGCCCUGGACGUGGAGAAGAGCGGCAAGGUCUCCAAGUCCCAGCUCAAGGUGCUGUCCCACAACCUGUACACGGUCCUGCACAUCCCCCAUGACCCCGUGGCCCUGGAGGAGCACUUCCGGGAUGACGACGAUGGUCCUGUGUCCAGUCAAGGUUACAUGCCCUACCUCAACAAGUACAUCCUCGACAAGGUGGAGGAGGGGGCUUUCGUUAAAGAGCACUUUGAUGAGCUGUGUUGGACGCUGACGGCCAAGAAGAACUACCGAGCAGAUAGCAAUGGAAACAGCCUGCUCUCCAAUCAGGAUGCCUUCCGUCUCUGGUGCCUCUUCAACUUCCUGUCUGAGGACAAGUACCCACUGAUCAUGGUUCCCGAUGAGGUUGAGUAUCUGCUAAAGAAGCUCCUGGGCAGCAUGAGUCUGGAGAUAGGCUUGGGCGAGCUGGACGAGCUGCUGGCCCAGGAGGCUCAAGCAGUUCAGACCUCUGGGGGUCUCAGCGUCUGGCAGUUCCUAGAGCUCUUCAACUCUGGCCGCUGCCUGCGGGGUGUGGGUCGGGACUCCCUCAGCAUGGCCAUUCAAGAAGUCUACCAGGAGCUCAUCCAAGAUGUCCUGAAACAGGGCUAUCUGUGGAAGCGAGGGCACCUGAGGAGAAACUGGGCAGAGCGCUGGUUCCAGCUGCAGCCCAGCUGCCUCUGCUACUUUGGGAGUGAAGAAUGCAAGGAGAAAAGAGGCACCAUUCCACUGGAUGCUCAGUGCUGUGUGGAGGUGCUUCAGGACCGCGAAGGAAAGCGCUGCAUGUUUUGUGUGAAGACGGCUAGCCGCACCUACGAGAUGAGCGCCUCAGACACGCGCCAGCGCCAGGAGUGGACGGCCGCCAUCCAGACCGCGAUCAGGUUGCAGGCGGAAGGGAAGACGUCGCUGCAUAAGGACCUGAAGCAGAAGCGACGGGAGCAGCGGGAGCAGCGCGAGCGGCGCCGGGCAGCCAAGGAGGAGGAGCUGCUGCGACUGCAGCAGCUACAGGAGGAGAAGGAGAGGAAACUGCAGGAGCUGGAGCUGUUGCAGGAGGCGCAACGGCAGGCCGAGCGGCUGCUGCAGGAGGAGGAGGAGCGCCGUCGCAGUCAGCAUCGGGAGCUGCAGCAGGCUCUGGAAGGCCAGCUGCGGGAGGCGGAGCAGGCCCGGGCAUCUAUGCAGGCUGAGAUGGAGCUGAAGAAGGAAGAGGCGGCCCGGCAGCGGCAGCGCAUCGCCGAGCUGGAGGAGAUGCAGGAGCGGCUGCAGGAAGCCCUGCAACUGGAGGUGAAAGCUAGGAGGGAUGAGGAGGCCGUGCGCCUCGCCCAAACCAGACUACUGGAGGAAGAGGAGGAGAAGCUAAAGCAGCUGAUGCAUCUGAAGGAGGAGCAGGAACGCUACAUCGAGCGAGCGCAGCAGGAGAAGGAGGAGAUGCAGCAGGAGAUGGCGCUGCAGAGCCGUUCCCUGCAGCAAGCCCAGCAGCAGCUGGAGGAGGUGCGGCUGAACCGGCAGAGGGCGGACGAGGACGUGGAGGCCGCCCAGAGGAAGUUGCGCCAGGCCAGCACCAACGUGAAACACUGGAAUGUCCAGAUGAACAGGCUCAUGCGUCCGAUUGAGCCAGGAGAUAAGCGUCCGACCACCAGCAGCUCCUUCACUGGCUUCCAGCCCCCUCCCCUCGCUCGCCGGGACUCCUCUCUAAAGCGGCUGACCCGCUGGGGUUCCCAAGGCAACAGAACCCUUUCAGCCAACAGCAGUGAACAGAAGUCCCUCAAUGGUGGGGACGAGACUCCCAUCUUGGCUUCUGCCUCUCAGGAAGAUAAACUGGACUCGGCACCAGAAAACUAGCCUCUGAUGACCCUUGUUCUCCUGACGCUGUGUCUACCAGGACCUGGCUACAGCGGGCUGUGGGUGACUCCAGCCUCUGCAUAAGGUCCUGGGGCUACGGGCCCAGGUCUGCUGACCAGAAGUCGGUCCAAGAUAGGAUGUCUUGCCAUUCUCACCAGGCCCAGACUGUUGAGGCUGUCUGGGGUGUUCAUGAUCAAGAAUAUGGUUCUGUGCUUCAACCUCCAGGACCCUGUGACCAGGGCUGGGAAAGAAACUAGACAAUUAAGACAAAGGUCAUCUGUCCCCAAAGGUCAUCUGCCCUCUGAGACCCCUCCAGACUACCACCAAGUCAUGGAGGCAUACUUCCAAAUAAAACUGCUCCCAUCUGCCCCCUGCUCCUGCCCCUCCCUCCUUCAUUCCCUCCCUCCCUCCCUCAAGUUCAAGUUCAAGGUCCCAGAGGCAGCAGGUGUGGUGAGGUGGUUGGUAGUGUGAACUGUGGGUUGGACCUGGCUCUGCCGCUUUGCACUCCCCGUGCUGCUCAAUGGAGAUGUUCACAGUCCCGAUGGAAAGGGCCUGCGGAGCACGGACUCAUGCUGACCAUCCUGAGUCUUGUCUGAAGUGUUUAUUGAGCAUCUGUUGCCUACCUGGAGGCCACCUAUAUUACUCCAUUCCCAUAGCAACCGUAAGAGCUGGGUUACUGUUACUGUGAUUGCAUUACUGGUGGUGCAGGCAGAUCGGGCCAUUUGUCUGAAGCCUUUCAGACUCGCUUUGCGCCCCGUAUCUCUGAACAUGGACCUUGUUCCCUCAGACUCUGCCAAGCUUGCUCCCGUUUUCAUACCCCUCACUGCGAGCCCAGGAAGUUCACCAGGGCCGCUCUCCCGUGGGUGCCUGUGCCUCUCUCCAGGAUGCUCUAAAUCUAGAUUGCUGUCUCCUCCCUCGUGUGUUGAAUGCUUGUCCCCAGCUCGGAGCACUAUUUUGGGGAGACUGUGGAGCCUGGAGCAGGUAGGACUUACCUGGGAAGUAGGUCACUCUGAGGCCAGCUUUGGUUCCUCUGUGUUCUCUGCUCGCUGUGUUGCCAGGAUGUAAACAGCCUCUCAGGGUCAUCCACCGAACUACUUCGCCAUGCUGCCCCCGCCACAAUGGAGUGAGCCCUCCCAAUCCUAAGCAAAAAACAAAAAAACAAAAAAAAACAAAAAACUUCCUUCCCUUUGGUUGUUUGUGCCGGACGCUGUCGUGUGAUACAGAAUACUAAGCCCUCCUUUCCCAUCCCCAUAGCUGCGGAGAGUGAACUGUGGGCUCCUCCAUUUGGCCCCAUGUUUAAUAAAUCCACACUAGUGGUGCUACUGCUGGUGGUCACUCA